CUCGCCGGGGCUGGCGGCGGCGCCAUUUUGAAUUGGCUGAGGGUCGGUCGGAGGCGAGGGCUGCCGAGCAGGGUUCCGCGUCCCCCGAGGGAGAACCCGCGAGGAAGGAGCGGAUAUGGCCGCGAAUAGGAACUUGAAGCAAGUGCGGAUCGAAAACAGCUCCCCAGCGGUGCCGCUGGGCAUGGUGGGGGGCGGCGGCGGUGGCAACCUGAAAGGAUUGCGCGGCCUAGAAGCGGAGAGUGAGGCGGCGGCGGCCAUGGCUCUGGUGCCGAGCAAAGAAGGCGGCGGAGAUGAGGAGCAGGAGGUUGGUUUCACCAUCGAUAUCAAGAGCUUUCUCAAACCUGGCGAGAAGAGCUACACGCAGCGUUGCCGGCUGUUCGUGGGGAAUCUGCCUACUGAUAUCACCGAGGAGGAUUUCAAGCGCCUUUUCGAGCGCUACGGGGAGCCCAGCGAGGUCUUCAUCAAUCGGGACCGUGGCUUCGGCUUCAUCCGCCUGGAAUCUAGGACCUUGGCUGAAAUAGCAAAGGCAGAACUCGAUGGUACUAUUUUGAAGAGCAGACCACUUCGAAUUCGAUUUGCUACCCAUGGAGCUGCCUUAACCGUGAAGAAUCUUUCGCCCGUGGUUUCCAAUGAGCUGCUGGAACAAGCAUUCUCGCAAUUCGGGCCAGUGGAAAGAGCGGUUGUUGUAGUAGAUGAUCGCGGCAGAGCUACAGGGAAAGGUUUUGUAGAGUUUGCUGCAAAACCUCCGGCACGGAAAGCUCUAGAAAGAUGCAGUGAUGGGGCAUUCUUGCUUACAACAACACCUCGACCUGUUGUUGUAGAACCAAUGGAGCAAUUUGAUGAUGAGGAUGGACUCCCUGAAAAGCUAAUGCAAAAAACACAACAGUACCACAAGGAAAGAGAACAGCCUCCACGCUUUGCUCAGCCUGGAACAUUUGAGUUUGAGUAUGCUUCACGGUGGAAGGCUCUUGAUGAGAUGGAAAAGCAGCAGCGCGAACAGGUUGACAGGAACAUUAGAGAAGCCAAAGAGAAACUUGAGGCAGAAAUGGAAGCAGCUAGACAUGAGCAUCAGCUAAUGCUGAUGAGACAAGAUCUCAUGCGUCGUCAGGAAGAAUUGAGGCGCUUGGAAGAACUUCGAAACCAAGAACUUCAAAAACGCAAGCAGAUACAGCUGAGACAUGAGGAAGAGCACAGACGUCGGGAAGAAGAGAUGCUGCGCCAGAGGGAACAGGAGGAAUUACGACGACAGCAGGAGGGAGGAUUUAAGCCAAAUUUCAUGGACAAUAGAGAACAGGAAAUGAGAAUGGGUGAUAUGGGUCCUCGUGGAGCAAUAAACAUGGGAGAUGCGUUUAGCCCAGCACCUGCUGGUAACCAAGGCCCUCCUCCAAUGAUGGGUAUGAAUAUGAACAACAGAGGAACUUUACCUGGCCCUGCAAUGGGUCCUGGUCCUUCCAUGGGACCAGAAGGAGCUGCAAAUAUGGGAACACCAAUGAUGCCAGAUAAUGGAACAGUGCAUAAUGAGAGAUUCCCUCAAGGAGGCCCAUCCCAGAUGGGUUCACCUCUGGUUAGUAGAACGGGCUCUGAGACUCCUCAGCCUCCAAUGAGUGGUGUAGGUGCCGUGAGUGGUGGACCUGGUGGCUUUGGUAGAGGAAACCCAGGGGGCAACUUUGAAGGACCUAACAAGCGUCGCAGAUACUAAACCUUAAUUCAUUCCUUACUGUUUUAGAAAUUCCAGUAAAAUUAUACAGUGAUAUGCCUUUAUAAUUUUAGCUGUUAUCUGGAAAUGGUUCUAUUGUUAUUGUAGUCUUUAAAACAGUUUCUUUUGUAAAACUUUUUUUGUAUUCAGUCAUAGGCUUUGUAGGAUAGAGCAGAAACGAUGCGGAUCAUUAUGUAAGGCAAUGUGUUUGUGACUAGCAAAAUGCAAUGUGUGACUAUGCUGUAAAACGUGCAGUUAUCUGAUUACAAUAAAACAAAAAUCACUGGAAAGGAUUUUGGGAAUGUUAUUACUAAUACUAAGUAAGAAUAAUUUUAUGCUUAAUUAUAAGUGGCAUCAUUUUCAUUUUUACAUAGUUUCUACUAUGUGUCAAGAAAGUUCCAUUCUUAGUAGUGUUUAGCUGAAUUCCAUGGUGCAGUACAUACUAUGGAAUACUUAAAACACAACUGCUUUUGUUUUGACUUUCAAAGAGCAUAAGAUUUUAUACAAAGUGUUCUCAAAGAUGGUGUGUCCUUGCAUCUCAAUCCACCAUUGCAAACUUAGUCACGGUAGGCUUGUAAACAGAGGUAGGCUUAUAAAACAGAGGUUAUCUUUCAGAUAAAUUAUUAGAAACUUUAACUUGGGAGGGAAAAAACCAAAAAAGGAAUUAAAAAAAAAGGAAUCUUUAUGUGUGUUGUAUUCAUAACAGUAUGAGUGAAUUUACCUAAACCGCAUUUAUUGAGGAGAAAAGUGGUUGUGACAUCUGUGUGUUCUGUUCUCUCCAUUGCAAGCAAGGAGACAUUUCUGUACACUGGUCAAAAGCUUUCUUCUGUGUUUGCACAUCAUAAUUAAUAAGUAUACAUUUUCCCUAGUGGUUGGUUUUAAUAAAAACGUGUCUGUUAUCAAUGAGUAGCUGUUUAAUUAGGAAGCAAAUACAUGUUUUCCAGCGAAAAUAAGUGUUCAGUUAUAGUUGAGUAAUAUGCAUUUGGAAGGACUGCACACAAGUAUUCUUUGGAAAGGUUUUACAGAACAAGGAAUUUGGAAAAUCCCAUUUAGAGCACAACUCAGGGUAGAUUUGCUGAUUGAGUUUUAAGAUAAAACUGGUAGUAAAGCUAUUAGGAAGCUUAUUAUGAUUUUGUUUUGUCAGUCUUGGAAGAUGAUGGAAAAGACCUAUUGGUUCUAUUCCUGUGAUGGCAAAUAAGUAGGGAUAUUCGUUGGUUACUAUUGCUCUUUUUCCUGUGCAAAAUAGUUAUAAAAUAGUAGUGAUCUUUUUUAUCAGUUCACGUACAUUUUCAGAGGUAGACAAAACUAAAUUUUAUCUGUAUGAAUUGUGAUGCUAUAUUGGUUAAAAACUGAUUUGAAAUAACCUGGUGCCCUAUUAACAUCCAGAUGGCAUAUACAUAGCUCAGCAUGGGAUACAAGCAGCAGAGAGGGCUUGUGUGUUACUUGUUAAUGUGGCAGUGAUUGGCUUGGUGGAUUGAAUUUUGAGCAAAUGGUUAACAAGAAAAUUGUCAUAUUGCUGGCAUUUUGGAAAUACACUGUUACUUAAAGUGCCUAUGUAUAUGUCUUAAGAUACUGUUUUCAUGCAAUUCAGGAGUUACCUUGGUUAAACUAAGUAUGUAGGUCCUCACUUGGGACAUCUGCACCUGCUAAGCAUUUUCCUUUAUAUUGUCUUUAAUGUUGCCAUUUUUUGCUUGACUUAACACAUGCCACACUUUGUAAUACAAUACUGAGUUACCUUUAGUCUGGAAUACUCUUUCCCCUUGGUAUAUGUGUCACAUUAUAGCACUCAUUCUUAAAGUAAACCUAAACCAAAGUGCAAAUGGUUUUCCUUUACACACUGGUCCUAAACCUCAAGACUUGGGAAAGUUACUGUUUUUUCACUGCUAUAAACUAGUGCUUGCAUAUGGCAAGUAGUUAAACUCUCUGCUCUAGUGUUCUUUAUGCAGUUGAAAAUGCACUUUACAUUGGUAUCUAGUAAGGCAUCUAAAUAUGAGAUUACUUUUUUCCUAAUAUUUUCUGCCCUUAUAUGUGACUUUUUUUAGGGGAUUGAGGAAGUAUUGGUGAAUUAGUAGUUCUCAACUGUAAAGUUGUACAGUGAACAUGUUUUAAGUACAAAUUAAAUUGAAUUCAACAGGUUAGUUCAUUUUCUUCAAAGGAAAAGGCUGUGUUGUUCAGGCCUUUUAGCUAGCUCCUGUAUAUUUGUUUAGCUAUGUAAACCCUCCUCCUUAUAAUAUCUGAGUAUGUUGCAGAAGAACAUUAAAUACACUUCAGAAUGAAUCUUGAGAAGUUGUUAAUACUUUCUGUGCCAGCUUCAUGCUAUUUUAAGUGCAUGUUUGUUGCACUGUGGUUUUGGUAGCAAGUGGAAAUAUGCAAGUAUUUGAAAAUUAUUUUAGGUUUUAUUCAACAUUAGUGAUUGUUGUUCCACAAUUGUGACCUGCCCUUCCUGUAAACCUCUGACUUGGAUGGCUCUGCAGCAUGGUAGCAGUGUAUUUGUCAGCUGUCCUUACUGCAGAAAAUAAUUUAAUUUAACUAUUUUUAAAUGUCUGUGAACCAAGUCCUAACAAAUAAAUACUGAAAUGUAUUUUUGGGCAGAUUGUAAAGAGUUAAUGAAGAAUUCCUUUUGUAGUUGAUGACAUGCUGCUAUGUUCAUCUCUUAAAAGUUUUCUUUGGGCUGCUUGGCUUAACUCUAAAGGCAGUGCUUCUCAUUUUGCCAAAUGUGGUAGUAACUGAUCCUAGCUAUACAAUAAACACCUAAUUUUAUUGAAAAAGGAAUGGUCACAAAUUGUUUCUUUAAAAUGUGUAGAUGUGGCUAACCAGUGUUUUUGCGUGAAGGUUCUGCCCUUCAGCUAAAGUGAUUAAUUUUUCUUGAUCCUCGUCUGGUGGAGCAGUUUAUCAUUUUUUCUGUGUACACAGGUACUCAAGUUUUUAACUACAUUUGCACUGUUUGAAGUCCUGACACUCUGCUAUAUGCUAUGCUAAAACAACUAGGCUUGGAAUAUGUAUGAAUCUGCCAACUACAGUGCACUUACUUUUAUAAUGUACUUACUGAGCUUUUACAUUAUUCCUGAAGUUUCAUAUUCCUAAACUACCUAAUUUUCCAGUGAGAUACAAUUUUGGUACUUAAAGCUUUACUAUUCCAUUUAAGUUAUACACUGUUCUGACCAAUGUGCUUAUUAGAUAAAGCACACUGAUGUCUUGGGAAACUUGGCAAUCCUAAUAUACUUUACUGUAUUAAUUUCCUAAGAAAAUCACUAACUACUCUGGAUUACCUAGAAAGAAAAUUCCUGGUGUGCAGUUGUUUUAUUUGUUGUCCACAUUUUUUUAUGCAGUUGUACAUCAAUAUAUAAGCAGGAGAUUCAUACUAGAAUAAAAUUUAAAAUAGAUGGUAAGAAGACAGUAUGAGCCAAAUAAUUAAUUUAAUUUUAAGCAUAAGCUAGUAGGAUUUUAUAGUAUGCAUUUAUUGAGGAUCAUUCUGAUAUAAAGUAUGCUGCCAUAUUCACCAAAUUCAUUUCCCUGUUUUCCACUCUUGAUUUCAGAUACAAAAUAAUUUGUAAUUACAAAUGCUUUGAAAGGUACUAGAAACACAAUGACAUUGAUGAACUGUCUUGCUAAACACAGUGCAAUCUCCCUUAAGAUAACUUGGCUCAAAAAUGCUGAAAUAACCAAUCUAAAGGCAGAUUCUCAAAUAAAAACCAAAACCCCCUAGGCCUUUUGAAGGCAAAAAAUAUGCUUGGAGGUGAGAUGUUCAGCAAUUAACUGGUGUGCACUGGUGGCAUGAAGUUCAUUUUACUUAAGUAUGUUGCAGAAACAAAUUUUUUUGUGUACUUCCUAAUUUAUCUAUUUUUUUAUGAAAAGUUGAUGUUUUUUAUCAUGAUUUUUCCCUUCCUAAGUCAAACUAAAGCAUAAUGGAACUACUAAGUUAGCACAGAAUGCAGGGUAGCAACUAGAGUCAGUUUAUGUUGGACCACAGAUAUGAAGGGGUUCUAAAUCCCAUUCCUGAGACUUGAAGUGUUGUAUAUCCAGUAGUUUUAGAGUCUGCAUGCAGCAUCUUUUAUUAGUUUGUGCUUGGGGCCAGGAGUGGGGGACUUCAGAGAGCGCAUACUUCCAAUGCAAUCUAAUUGUCUUCUCAGGAGCGCUCGAAUGAUUAAUACGGGCACUGUGCUGUUAUUAAGAUGCUCAUCUAGGAGUUUGGUGCUUUCCAUGGGCUGUUAACUGACUCCUAGCAUGAGGGAAUAUUGGUCCAAACUUUCCUGACUAAUCAGUGGUAAGGAGGGAGUGAGUGUGUCCUAUGAGAAAUGCAGAGGUUGGACAUUACUACUUUAGAUUAUUCGCUAUUCAGUGCUGAUUUGGUGGCAAAUGUUGAACGGUAGUAACCUGAAAGCAUUUACUUUCUUAAACAUUAACUUACUGAAAUGUAAGAACUUAGUAACAGUAAAAGGAUUGACUGAAAACUUGGAAUACCUAAUGUCAGGUAUAAUUUUUUCCAUUUGAUUGUUUUUAAGUUACCUUUUAUUUCCUUUCCAGAUAUACUGUAAAGUAGUUUUAGCAAUCUCACCAGUUUAGUGUGUUUUGUUGAUGGUUUCAGGUGCUUUCCCAUAAAGUAUUUUAAAAAUUGUAGCUGUAGACAUUUCAGGUGUGUUUUCACGGUAAUCCAUGAAAUACUGGAGCUAGUUAUAAAAUUGUCUAAAAUGUUACUUGUAGAAUAAAUAAAGUGAACAUGAAAUUUUCAUGAAAACAAUACUUUUUAUGUUUUUGAAUGCAUAGAAACAAACCCUCAAUGUGUUCAUUUUCAGUGGGAUAGAUUUUUAAUAGGUCUUUUCCAUCUUGAACUUCCUUAAGAUACUCUGAAAGUUUAUAUAACUGAAAUUUGGGGGCAUCCUUAUUAAUGACCUCAGCCUGACUCUUAAAAGUAGUGCAAGAAGUUUCUUCUGUUUGGAACAGCAGCCCUUUUUUCCUAAUUGAAGGAGCUAUUCAGAAAACCAUUCAGAGAUAAGCACAGCAUACUUACUGGUAAAACUAUUUAAAAAACUCUGCUCUAAUGUAAAUAUUCUUGUAUACACAAAUCACAUUGAAAGAAAAAAAGCAACUUUGAAAAUGUGGGUAAAAACUCAAGUGAUUUGUAUGUGGUCCCUUGCAUGGAGAAUACAAUGCUCAUAAUAAGAAGUAUGAGAUUCAAAAGGAACUGGACUGUGUUACUACAUACACAUGUGGAUUUUUCCAUUUGGUUGGGUAAAUGAUUUGUCUAGAACUUCCAUUGUUCCUCGAUUUACUAGUGUGCUUUUAUGUCUCAAUUUCUGUAGAGUAAAGCAUAGCUGUAUAAUUUGAUUGAAUUUACAUGCUAACUGUAUGCAGGACGUUAAGUGCUUGACUUGAAAGAAUUGCAGUGAGAAUAAAGAUACUGUUCUUGACUUUAAGUAAAAACUGCAUAGAUCCUUGAACAGGAAUAAGUGUGGAAGGUUCUGUAUGUAACUUGAACAAAAAAUGGGAGAGAGGGAAUAAAGUAACGUAAUAAAAGUGAGAAAAGUGUGGUUUAAUUUUAUAUCUACAGCAGAUUCACAGAAAUAACUUUAAGUCUUGUUCUACAUGAAAACCACAAAGCAACUAAUUUUUAAUAGAUGUGGAAAUACCAGUUACAUUCAUGUCUUGGAUUUUUGGAACUGAAUUUAGUUUUGUGCAGGUGGCCAAAGAAUAGCAGAAAAAGUGAAAUGAAUGAAUGUUUUAAAAAUAUUUUAAAAUUCUUGGGUUGUAUGGUGGGAUCACUGCAGUUGGAUAUAUCUCUUCUGUGUUGUUUUUUGUGGCUGAAUACAGCAACCGUAUACAGCGUACACACACCAUGUAAGUAUGUAACAGCUGAUUUUAAGGUUGCUAGCCUCUCAUCAAACUAGUGAGAAUCCAGUCUUAAACCUGAGUGCAUCAUAGACAGAGAUGCACCAAACAGAAGACCAUCAUAAAGGAAAAUGAAAUAAUACAUAUCUAUUACUAGUAAUAGGAUGGGAUUAAGGUAUUUUAAUUAAUUUUUUGCCUUAAUUCACUGUAAUAAAUUUUUUGUGUGUGUGACAGGGAAACUAAUUUUAUUAUCAGUUAAAGAUAAAGAAAGGAAGAAAAAAAUCCCCAACAAAACGCCUCUCCCAAAGAAAUCCCCAAACCUUAAAUACCUCAGUGUACAACACAAACCCAAGCAAAAUGUGUUUUCCCACUUUAAAUAAAAAUGUAUACUUAAGCAAGGUGGAAGAGAAAAUAAAUCUAAAAAGAUGUAAAAACCAAAAGGGUUUGCUGUAAUUUUUUUUUGCAUCUGUUAGCUCUUGAUGUUCUGGUCAUUGUCAAGUGUUGCUUUUUUAAAAAAAAAGUUCCAUUACUGUUCAUUAUUUGUUAUAAAAGGAUUUAUUCUACUAAAUUUAUUUAUUGUUACUAAGUUUUCGAUAUUUUUAUAUUGUGUAAAAUUGCAUUAAAAAACACUGCAUAAACCAGCUAUUGCAGUACUGUAGAAUGCAGUCUUUGAACUGCUAGUUGAAUUGAUCUUCCAGGCUGCUUACAAAUGUUUUAAUUAUUUUUAUGCUAAUGGGAAUUUUAAAUAUUUAAAAUAAUCCAGUACAUGCCUUACUGCAGAUUUAAAUAGCCUUUUGCCCUCCUUGCUGCUUGGUCCUGCUCCCUCUGUGUCCCCAGGCAGGAAACACAGGUAAAGGCAGGUAAAAGAGACUCUGUGAGAAUUAUUGAUUCUGCUCAUUUCAGUGUGGAAGGAGAGAAGAGCAAGAAGGGACAGUAGAGCAAGACUCUUCAUACCUAUGCAUCCAUGGGGUAAUUAGUGCUACAGACACAGAACAUAGUUCAAUAAAUGUUCUCAUUAAGUGAGUUGGGAAGAAAUACAUAGCCUAGAACAAAUGGGUAAGAAGUGUGUCAAGGAGUUGAGAUGUCUGAAUAACAUGGUUAUGGUUACAUUCUUGGUGAUAGUUGGGCCAAGAGGGCGAGUAUUUCAAGUGGUGAAGAAAAAAAAUGUCCUCUAAAAUGUUGAGCCAAAUUUUAUGUGAGCUUGAUCUGUCUGUUCACUUUCUGCAGUUACCAAGGUUACAUGCAAGCCAGUAAAAAAAAUGGAAAAUAGUGUUCUUCGUGAUUUCUCCAGGAGAAAUGAUAUACACAGUUGCUUUAAAAAGAAGCAAGACUAUUCACAUGUACUUUUUCUUUGAAGAAAAUAUAAAACUGCCAUUACAAAGAUGGGAAAAACAGUCUUUUAAAGUGCUAACCUUCAUUCUUUGACCUGAUAACCCUGUGUUGUUCCAUAUAUUAUGUUCUGCUUUUAAGGGAGAGAGCAUGUGAAAGGUAAGCCACAGCUGCAGUUUUAAUCAACUUCAAAUAAAAAGCUUUCCCCAGAAGACACACCUGUAAUAAUGAAACAGUAGUUCAUCUUCAGUUUUGUUUCAGUGUGGAACAUUGUGUUUCUAGAACUUAGCACUGUACCAGUUCCAGUUCCACAUCUGACAUUUUCAGAACCAGAGCUGUGCCAAAUCAUACAAAUAAAGUUUUUUCCUUAGUGUGUGAAGAGUACAAUUACUGCAAUUCAAAAACUGAAUGUUCAAGAGUUUUGAAAGAAAGUGUAUGGAAGAAUUGUCACCUAUUGAAUUGUUGGUUUAAAAGUGAAAAUUGUCAACUUGGCAGCAGGGAUGGUUGUACUUCUAACAUUAUUUUAGGCUAUGUGUCAGUUUAUUAUUGCCAUGUUAUACUUUGUGUAGUUUUUGUAAUACCACUUAAUGCAUGUUUGACGUUUUUCUUGCACACUUGUUUAGUUUCAUAUAUUAUUCACACUGAUGAAUACAACUGUCUGUAAAUGGGGGGUACCAGAGCAUUGUUUAGUAUUAUGUAACUUGUUUAGGAGGGUUUUUCAUUUAUAAGCUUGUUUUCUGUCUUGUGUUUACUGUGGAUGUUCUGAGCAAAAUGGACCUUUUCUACUUUAUGUGGGGAAAAAGUAGCAAGUAAUGAAAAAUUGGUUAUUAGGAAAGUAAAUAGAAAUCCUGGAUGCUUCUUACUGUUUCUAAAAUGACAGCUGAUUCAGAAGAAUAAAAUGACUUGGUAUACUUUCUGCAUGAUUCUUCUAGACUUUUCCCUGAUUACAGCACACUUAAGGAUCAUUAUUCAAGGUUGCAAACAAAAUGUUUAAUUUCUGUCUGGUUUUAAUCCUAACUGUGUUUACAAGACAGUAAAUUAAACACAAAUGUCUCAAUGUUUGCUCUGAAUAGUACUCUUAACUCCCCAAGUUGUAUUAAACAUAAGGAAAAAUAAUUUGUUUGAGUUUCAUAGUUUUCAAAUACUGGAUUAGCCAGUCCCCUGGGGGGUGCAGUGGGGGUGGAGGAAGUACAGAUUUGUGGAGAAAUCAUACUCCAGUUUUCAGUUGCAUUAUGUUCCUGGCAUGCAUUUUUUACUCUUUACAUUGGGCCCAUUUGUUACAAAGAUUUAAAAAGAAAUAUAAUUUAUCAUAUUUCAUCCAGUUAUAAGUUCAUUGGUACAUUGUAAAAAUCAGAAUUGGUUAGUUUAGGCACUUUUACUUUACUGGAGAUCAUGGCAUGUAGUAUAGAUAUCUGAAAUAGGGUAAUUCAAGUGUUGGUAGUUACUGGUGAUAUGUUGUUGUGCCAUUAAGCCUGGAUAAAAGCUGAUACAUUCUGAGCAUAACAAUGUCUUAAAACUUGGUGCCCAGACCCUUGAUGCUGAACUUGCAUUUCUGCUUUAUUGCUGUGAUAAUCACAAAAAUACAGGUUAUAUGAAGGAGGGUAAAGAAUUGAUUAUGGUGUGUUGCUUGGUUUUGAGGUCUUGUGUGGGAAAACUGGUAUUGUAGAAUCUUCUUUAUAUGAUUGCUUCAAAUUCUACUUUUUUUUUUUUUUUAACUGUCUUGUAUAUUUAAAACUGUCCAGUGUGAAGGAAGCCAAAUGAUGUAUCUUAAAAGAAUGUGGGAAAACUUUUUCACUAGAGGUCUUACUUGAGCUCUAAAUCAUUUACUGGUUUGACACUGAGGACUUAACUCUAACCUUUACACUAUAAUUAUAUUGAAAAUUGUUCAAGCUUCUGCCAAGCUUUAGAAGUGAUCUGAGGAUGUAAGGUGACAUGCUCACUGUAGGAUUGGGCCAAAUUAUUGAUAUUUGAUGCUUGUCACCAGCCUGCUCUGGUUAUCCUAAUAUAUUCCUUUUAGGAUUUUGUUUCCUUUUCUGUACUCUAGAUUUUCUUUUGUUAUAAAAGGCUUUAUGUUUUCCUGAUGAUAUGGAAGAUAUGAGCUGUAUGAAACUUUAUUUGGGGGUUCUAAUACUGAACUUUAUGGAAAUGGUUUAAAGCAAAGGAAAGAUGUCAGAUGCACAGUAAAAACCAGUUCUAUCUAGGAUUUGACAAGUUGUUACAUACCUCUUCAUAUGUGUUUUGUUAGUAUGUAUCAUGUAUGUUUUCUUAACCUGUUGUGCCUUUAAAAUGGAUUUAUGUCUUUCUAAGGGGGCAAAAAAUUUUGUUCUGGAUUAAUUUAAUUUCAUUGUUUCUCUUUUCUGUAAUUUCUCAAUAAUGAAGUGACAGAGUGCAUGAGAACUUAAUAGAUAGUUACUUUUUCUGAACUCACAGAUGUGUGCAAAUACUAAUACAGAAAAGUAAAAGUAGGUAAGUGCUCUUAAUGGAUUUAGAGAUAGGGGGAUACUAUUGUGGAAGAGCAGGAAAACGUGGUUUUAUCUCAUCUUUCACUUUUCAGCUUUUAAUAAUUUGGGAACUGCCAUAGGAUUAAAAACCCCAAAUACGACUCUUAUAAACUUCAUCUAAAAUUCUUAAAUGCUGUUUCAGAGUUAUGCUAUAAACAAAACUAAUUCAGUGUAAACAUUCAAAUAAAAUACAUGCUUUAAUGGGAAAAGUAAUUCUGAAAGCCUGUGUUUUAUUAAGAAGAGUAAUGUUAUUGGGGAGUUGGGUGUAUUUUCUCUUAUCUUUACUUUUUGACUAUGUAACCUUAAAGGAAUAGAGGUGAAAUUAAUGACAUGCAGAAAAAGGCUAAAUAUACAGGCUAAAUAAAAUUUCUUGGGAAAGGACUGAAGUUCAAAUAUGUGUAACUUAAGUAUCAGUGCUUCCAGUAGAGGACUUCUGUCACAAGUUUAAGAGAGCUUCUGCUUAGAAAUAGGUGCUGCCAAAUCUGGUCCUGCUCUUAUGGCAGGAAAAUGUCAUCUUUGCCUUGAUUGUGACAAACCAAGAAUAGGAUUAUAAGGAUAUAAGUUUAUUAAGAACCUAGUUGUCUUGCCACAGUGAUAAAUUUGAAUGGCUAAAGAGUCAGCAUCUUAGGUAAGUUUGUCUGCUGAGUUGGUGCAUGUACAGCUGCAUGAUUGCCACAGCCUUCCCAGGACCUGGAAUAUGGUAGUGCCUUUGGUUGUUUCAGCAGUUGCUUCAUGUGCCUCAGUUAAUGAAGUUCAUUUAUGGCUGCACAGAUUCUUUUCAAAGUCAUCUUUUCUGCUGAGCAAAUUCUCACAGGUAGUGACAGCCACCGCAGUUGUGGGUUGAGAGUGGCGCUGUCAUGGGGUGCUUAAAUCAGCACUUGUUCCUACCAGCUGCAGUCAGCUUAGUUUAUACUUGUUCAGUCAUUACAGUGCACUUCCAAAUACUACUUUUCAUUAAUGAAAGUUGUGUUCUCAAUGAGGUACUGAUCUGAGCAAGUUUGAGUAGAGACUUAAGAAAAUACAGAAAAUACAAACUAGUUACAUUUGUACUGUCAAUGAGACAAAUUCCUUUAAUUCUAGGUGUGUUACAGAAAAUUCAUCAUGUGGAUGGUUCCCUAAGUUUGUAAUAAAGGUACUUGGAUUUUGUUCUGUUUUCUGAAGUUCAUCUUUAAACUGUUUGGACGUCUGCAUUUAUUUUAGCUUUCACAGUUUGAUGUAAACUAGAGUCCCUCAAACUUAAUGCAUAAAUAUUUCCUGUCAGGGCAUACUCAUCAGUCAGGUGCUGAUCAGAUGCAAGAUUUUGCAGAGUCCAGAAUGAAAGUAAGUGUAUAAGUUCUUAAAUAAGAUGGAAGUAAAGUUAUGAGAAGACCAGAACAAGAUUGAACAGAAUAGGAGAGCAAACUGCUCUGAAGGUGGUCCGUAAAAAGUAGUGCAAAAGAAUCUGAUAACAAGUACAUGUUCUGUUAAUCUUUCAAAGAAAUGGAUGCAUCAGGAUGCAGAACUUCAGUUUGAAAUGCAGACUUCUUUGGAGAAGUUGCUGCUUGCUAAAGUGGAGUUUCUUUUUCAGGACGUUGCAAGUAAUGUUUGUAGUGUAUUAGAAUGGAUGUUUUUUACUUGUGUACAUCAAAAGUCACAAACAGGUAACUGAAGUUACAACUUUUAUGUUUUAGUCUCUGUGUGUAACCAUUUUCUCAUUAAUGUGUUGAUAUUUACAAACUUGGCACCCAAGAUAAUUUUGAUAGUUUGUUUGUAAAUCAGUAUUUUUAAUGUGAGAAUUACAGGCAAGCUUGCAUCUUGAAAUCUGGAUGAGCUAUGAUGAAAAACAGUACCAGCAAUCAGUCUCUUUGAUUAAAAGUAUUUAGUUUUGAAUAUGAUGCCAAGUUACUGCCUUUGUAUAUAAGAUGAUAUCAAAAGGGAGGUCCUGACUUCUCACACUGUGGUCUUGGCCUAAUCCUGUGCAAAGGAGUGUCAUCACUGAGGCCUUUACUUUGCUUUCAGUUGGAGAAAAUGGUAAUCAACUGGAGUGACUUUAUGGGGGGGUAUAUGGUGGAAUGGUAAAUAGUAUUCCUGACACUCACUAAGAUGCCUGAUCUGUAAUUCAGACUUGAAAUUAUUUCUAAUAUAGUGCUUUUCAGUCUUCUGCCACAAGGUGUUCACUUUGCUCUAUGUAUGACAGCUGAGCUUAAAGCUUUUUAAAAAUAUUUGAUAGUAACUUAGCUGUUUCACUUUGGGUAGGAAGAAUAGCUUUUAUCUUGCAGGUAGUAGUGACUUCUACUAAAAUAAGGAAUGCUGUACAUAGAAUUUACAGCAUUCUAGGGUACUAUAAAGCUGAAAUAGAUCCUAAUAGUGCAGCAUCAGGAAUAUGUCCAGUUGUGCAAGGAAAGGACAAAGAGCCAAAUUUGAGUCCCAGCUUGCCAGGCAGAGAGUAGCAAAUAGAGAAAUGAUUCCUUUAUUCAACAUUGCUUUGUGGGUUUUUUCAGAAACAGGUAAGUCUAUGUCAGUAUACCAAUAUGGAGUUGAACAUUUGCAGGAUACCCUGCAGUUUAUUAAUGCCGUUUGUUGUCUUUGUCUUGAGAUACAGAUUCCAUUUCCUGUAUUUCAAAUCUAAUGUAAGAUUUUCUGUUUUCUACCAAUUAUGAUUUUAUUAUGGUGGAAGCCAGAAGUUGAUAUUCUGCAUUUGUUAGAGAGUAAUCUGUGAUGGAAGUUGUCACCUAGUAGAGUUAGUACAGGAAGGAAAUUACUUAAUUGCACAAAGAAUCACAGAUCUUUUGAUGGGAUCAGAAGCAAUGGGUACACACACAGGGGAUUACUUCUGAGCAUCAGGAAACAUUUUUAGGGUGAGGUGUGACCAAGCACUGGCACAGGCUGCCCAGACAGGUUGCAGAGUCUCCAUUCUUGGAGAUUCUAUAAGCCAUCUGGAUGUGGUCUUGGGCACUGGCUCUAGGUGGCCCUGCCUGAGCAGAGGAGUUGGACCAGAUGAUCUCUAGAGAUCCCUUCUGACAUUAAAGGGACAUUAACAAGUCCAUGAUUCUGUCAUUUAAGCAAAACUUUGAAUUUAUUAAACUUUAUAUGAAUGAAUUAACAGUUAAACCCUAUUACAUGCUUAGGUAUUUGAAUCCUUCCUUACUAGGUUUCAUUUCAAUGUAGAUGUAUGUACUGGGUAGUAUUGUUAAAUUUUACAUUUUCAAAUGAAGCAUGCCAAAGAAGAAAGCUCUUGGAGUGCAUGAGUUGUUGUUAAUAAAGACUGUGUGUCCACGUCUUGCCCUGCCCUUCCCCCAGCACAGUCUUACGGCUUCAGAGAUUUUAGCCCCACAAAGAUAAUCAGUUCUGCUGUCAUUAUUUUGGAAGAGGAGGUUAGGACACUGGCCUAACUUGGCACCUGCUGCAAAAAUGACAGGUAAGGAACCUUACAGGAGGGAAUGGGGAGCAUUGUGUGAAGUCCUGUAAAGCAGAAUUGCAAACACUUCAGAAGCUGUGUAUUAGUGAGUUUUACAAUUCCUUAGGAGUACUGUUGUUUUUUUAUUUUUUUAAUUGGAGAAAAUUGGACUAUGCACAGUAUAGGAAGUUUUAUGUGAAACUAGAUGCCCCUUUAGGUUUUGGAAGAUAGAAAAUGUCCUCAAACUAGUGAGGUCAUCACUACUAUAUAUAAGAAUUAUUCUAUAAUACAAAGCUUAUGCUGAUUUUCUGUAGUCUUAAAACUAAUAUAUGAGAAAACUGUCUCUUAGGCUUUGCAUAUGCACAUUCUUGCUACUUUAAAACAAUUUUAAAUAUUUUUGAAAUAAAAAAAUGAGUCUUACUAGAGGUAUGCCUAUUUAAACAUCCCUAAAAUCUUAGUGGUUCUCUUAACUCCUUGCAUAAGUUUAUAUUUGUUUGCAUUGUGUGUAGCAUAAUGGUAUCCUGACUUCUCUUAAAGUAGUAGAGCUGUACUGAGAUCCUACUUAACUCUGUGCUAGGUGUGCUGGUUUGAUGAUAUCUUGUUUACAGCAGACUUUUCUAAAUCUCUGUCUGUGAUAGGUGACCUCAGAGUUUCCAGAACCUGGCAGAACUGUCUCGUGAAAUUUUAACUGUAGCUUUCAGUGCCAAGUGCAGCAUUUUCAGAUGCUUUUAAUCUGUCAGGUUUCUGAAGUUUUCUUUGUGAAGUCACACCUAUACAUCAUUAUUUCAAGGUGAAACAGAUGAUGAGGGUUAGAAGUUAUUCUCUUGUUCCUUCAACAGUUUUGUACUUUUUAGCUGUUCAUUAUAAAGUAUCACAAAAUGCUCAGAACUUCAUAUCUGUGUAACCUGUCAUGUGAGUUCUGAAUGGAGAAAAUAACACCAUUGGAUAUUUUUCCAAGUUGCUCAGCAUGAACACAGUCAUUGAAAGUAAAAAUCGAAAUAUUGAAAGAUAUUUCUGCUGCUUUAAUUACAACAUUUGUAAAAUAGGUAAUUAUGAAAAAUCAGUGAUGAGCCAGCUAUUCUGGUUUCUCAGCUUGAAAUGGGAGAAUCAUAGAGGGGAGGGGGCUGUAGUAAAAAGUACAGGAUUUAGUUGCUGUUUCAUAGCAACAAUGAAUGACUUAAUGAUUUGGACUACUGUCUCACAAUGCAUAAAGUUUUGCAAAAAAAUAUAAUAUGUGUAUAUCUAUCUAUCUAUCUAUCUAUCUAUCUAUCUAUCUAUCUAUCUAUCUAUCUAUCUAUCUAUCUAUAACACCCACUUGAGGCUAUUGUGUCUUGCAUCUAGGAAUACCUUGCAAAUGAACAAUUUAAUUAAUUUUAUGAAGUGCUUACAAAUUUUAGUGUCUUUGAAUUCAGACCUUGCUGAAGCUGUACCAAUGAAAACUUUUGUAUCUUCUGUUUAAAUGC